AUGGAAGCUGUCGAAGAGCCAGUUGCGGAUGUCAAAGUGGAUGAUAUGGAUCACGCGCCAAGCAUCAAUGUACAGCGGCUAAUGCCUUCUGAGAGCCCUGUACAAAACAGACUUGAGCUUAUGGAGUAUCAUCAACCGACCCAAGUGCAACACGAAGAUCGUUUGGCGUUUCGGCCUGAAGUGAAGCGAACAAGAGCAAGACGUGAGCCGGUGCGAAUGAUAAGGAGCGGCUCAGAUGACAAAGAGUUGGAAGAAGGCAGUGAAGGUCCACCGACUCCGAAACGUGCUAGGAUUGACGAGGAUGGACUCAUUACAGAAGCCGUUCUUGCCUACGCUGUUAGCGUUAACGAUGACACGGACCUGCCAACUACGUAUGCUCAAGCAAUGGCAAGCGACGAUGCGAUGAAAUGGCGUGAAGCAAUGGAUGCUGAGCUUUGUUCUCAUGAAAAAAAUUGA